ACACCCAGCUAUGAGUGAGAGCUCUCCGAUUCCCGAAACCCGCGUGCUAGCGGUCGCCAGUCAUGUCGUUUCCGGAUAUGUUGGCAAUAAGAUCGCCGUGUUUAGCAUGCAGUCGCUGGGCUGUGAUGUGGCGGCGCUGAACACCGUGCAAUUCAGUAACCAUACCGGGUACAGGCAAUGGACGGGCUCGCGAGUCUCUGCGCAAGAGAUCACCGACUUGUAUCAGGGCCUCAAGCAGUCCUACCUUGACGACUUUGACAUGAUGCUCUCUGGUUACGUCCCCGGGGCGGCAGCGCUCGAAGCGGUUGGGCGGAUAGCAGAGGAGCUGAAGAACAAGGCCAAGUCCAAACCGGGGAGCUUCUUCUGGGUACUGGACCCGGUGAUGGGUGACAAUGGCACCCUCUAUGUGGCGCAAGACGUCGUGCCCGUGUACAGGAGCCUGGUACACCACGCAGAUCUAGUCCUACCCAACCAGUUCGAGGCCGAGCUCCUUUCGGAGGUGGAGAUAACAGACAUGGCCUCGAUCGGGCGCGCCAUCCGGGUCAUGCAUGAGCGCUACGGCAUCCCGCACAUCGUAAUCACCUCGGUCUCGCUCCCGCACCCGGACCACCCCGUCUCGUCGCUGUCGGUCGUCGGUUCGACUAUGACCUCUGACCGCAGGCCGCGCCCUUUCAAGAUUGUCUUCCCCGCCAUCGACUGCUAUUUCAGCGGGACGGGCGACAUGUUUGCCGCGCUGAUGGUCGUGCGGAUGCGCGAGGCCGUGCACAAUGGCGGGACGGGGAGCGGGUUGAUGCAGAGGCAGUCCUGGCUGAGCGACGACAGCGUGGAUGCCCUCGACCUCCCCCUUGCCCGGGCCGCCGAGAAGGUGCUUGCGAGCAUGCACGAGGUGCUGACCAAAACUGCGGAGAGGAUGGAGCAGACGAUGGAGAAGGCCAGAGCCGAUAUGGCGGCGGACGUGGACGGGGUGGGCAUUGCCGGAGCAGAGGAAGCGCACAAGAAGAAGCUGCAUCUGCUCAGGAGCAAGGCGGCCGAGCUGAGGCUGGUUAGGCACCUUGAUAGUUUGCGGUUUCCGAAAGUCGAGUUUCGCGCGACGAGGCUGUGAGGGCACGAGGCAUCUGGCUCGAGUUUUUGCAUAUGCAUCUUGGCUUGUGGGCAUCAUAGAAGAGCGAUAGACCGUGGCUUACAUCAUGUAAAUGUCAAGAUCUGUUUGAUCUGUAUCGUUUCAUCCAUCUCCUCGAACUCGUACCGAG